AUUAUGUAAUAUGUGAGUUAAAGCGCGCCCUUAUGUGAGCGCAUGUAAAGACCGACUGGCUGGAGCGUUUCAUUUCGAUUCACCGGGGACUCCUGUGCGCAACAAGAGCCCCCCAUGGGUGCAAUAGUGCAAGCACAGGCGGCGGUGAUUGGCCAGAGGUUGAUCAGAUGGUACACUUCCCCUCUGUAUCCAGUGGCACCUCACAGCCCCCCUUUCAGCAAAAACCAAAUCUCCGAUAAAGUAAUGGCAAAAGCACUUGGACUAUAAAAGACAACAAAUCAUAUUCCUCCGGAGUAAAUACACCCCGUUGUCCACCCAAUGAGUUCCUAUUUCGUUAACUCAACUUUCCCCGUGUCUCUGCCGGGAGGACAGGACUCUCUCCUGGGUCAGAUACCGCUCUACUCCUCGGGAUACACGGACCCGUUGAGGCACUACUCCAACGCGGCCACGUAUGGAGCGGCCAACAUGCAGGAGAAGGUCUACCCGGCUUCCUACUACCAGCAAUCGGGCGCGGCGGCGGCAGCGGCCAUCUACGGCCGCGCUGCCGCCAGCGGCGGAGCGCCCUGCGACUAUAACCCCGUUGGCACUUUCUACAAGGACUCGGAGGGCUCGUGCGCCUUCUCGAGUGGCCGCGAGGAGCAGCCGCUGUUCGUCACUCAGGAGCACCAGCAGCGGAAAGCGGAGUGCGCGGAGCAAGCUGUCAGCAUGAGCGGCAGCAUCGACGACAAGUCCUCCACUCUCAUCUACCCCUGGAUGCAGAGAAUGAACGCCUGCUCCGCCGGCCCAUUUGGCAGCAGCGGCCGGAGGGGCCGGCAGACCUACACCCGCUACCAGACCCUGGAGCUGGAGAAGGAGUUCCACUUCAACCGCUACCUGACCCGGAGGCGCCGGAUAGAGAUCUCCCACGCCCUGUGUCUGACGGAGAGACAGAUCAAAAUCUGGUUCCAGAACCGCAGAAUGAAGUGGAAAAAGGAGAACAAACUCCUGAAUCCCUCAAAGACAGCCGAGGAGGAGCAAGAGGAGCAGGGGGAGAAGAAGAGCUAAGCUUCAAAGGGGACUCUGAGACAAAAAAAAAGAAGAAACGCUUGAGUGUGCGCGUGAAUGCGUGUGUGUUUGUGUGUGUGCACACAU